ACAUGGUAAUGUCAUCUCACUUUUGCCCUCUUGAUUGGUUCAAAAAUUCAAAUUGACAUUGCAACACUGAAAUAGUUUGCUCGUGUACAUGUAUGCUUCAAAUUUCAGAACUUUGCAGCGAUGAAUUUGCUGUUAAACUUUUACCUAUUGUCAUUUGCACAGUUCAGACAACUAUUAAGUACUGUACACUAGUUCAUCUCUAUGAGCUAUUUAAUGUAAAAGGGGGCUUUACGCAGGCAAUGAAAGGCAGGUAACUGGUUUUAAUCAUUCAAAGACCCAGUCAUAACCAAACGACUGCCUUGCCAGAUAAUAAUAUUAAUUUCUAUGUUGAGUUCAUUGCUGUCCAUGUGCACCCCGUGCACGCACUCCCAUAUUUCUUUUUUAUCUUUGCAGAGUCAUUGUACUGCAAUGAUCCAUAUUUGGAGGAUCCAUAUCAGGAACAAUCCUUAGCAACAAUUUUGGCAUCACAGGACUUUAGCUCAUGUGAAUUAGAUAAGGAGAAUGCCCAUUUUAGUAUAUCUGAAGCACUGAUUGCUGCCAUUGAACAGAUGAAAUGCGAUGAUGUGAACUCUUCAGACGAGGAAGAAGAUGAAGAGAUCCUUCAUUUAAAGGAGGAACUUGAAAGAAAGAGAUGGGAGAAAAAGCAAGGAAAACAUUUGCUGGAACAGGCUGCUUUUAGUGAUGAAACUACACAAUCAUCCACUUCAGAGCCAGGCACAUGGACAAACUCAUCAAGAUCAGCAUGCGACAGUGAAGAUGAACUUAGUCCUGAAUGGGAAGAGAUUAGUACAUCUGAUAAACAACUUCAGGAAUAUGAUACUGACUUAUGCACCUCCUCUGUUACACUUGGGUCAGUUGCAACCUUCAGUCCCUCAUCAGAAGCGGCAGAUGUUUUGGAGACCAAGCUGUCCACUCAGCUUUCAGCUGAGACUGUAGCAAAAAGUCUGCUAGAGAAAUUUUCCGACAGGAAGCAUCCAGCUGCAUCUGAAUUGCAAUGGCUAGUUUCAUUUCAAGAUGCUCCUCAGUGUUUACUUCCCUUACCAGAGGCUGUUGCUGUGGCACCAGAUGAUGUUCUUCAAGUUGAAGUCUUCACAAAGAAACCUCUGUGCAAGCAAGACUCAUUACCAGUGAGUUCCAAUAUGAUUGUAUAUGAUCACACUUUCUUCAAGAAGUUGUUUAUUUCCUUCAGAUAUGAGGUUUCAAACUUUGCAAGAGAUUUAUUAAACAAGAUACACUUUGACCCUUUGUUCAACCUCAUGGAUCUUAAUCCCUCUUUAUAUAAGCGCUUUCGUGUUUUGGAAGGAUUAAAGGACAUCCGAAGGAGACUUCAUUUCCUUAAAUCCUUCAUUCAGACGUGUCGAAAAGCAAAUGAAUUAGCAGAAGAGUUUAAUAAGUUGCCAGAUCAUAUCUGUAGGGAAGCACAUCUUUAUUCCAUUCACGACCUUUUGCAGGCCCAUAAUGGUGAUCUGCUCCUUUUUCUGAGGAAGCUAGCAAUAGAAUCCUUGAAUCAUAUCAACCACUGUCAGCUGUGUCUUGCGAAAGGAUUUAUUUGUGAAUAUUGCAAGAAUGGAGAUGAUGUCAUCUUUCCUUUUCAACUUAACAGAGUAGUACAGUGUUCAGGGUGCCAUGCGUCAUUUCACAAGGAUUGUUUUGUUGAAGGAAAAUGUCCUAAGUGCGAGAGAAUACGUAUAAGAAAACAGUUACUGAGUCAAUCAGUCUCUCCAGAGGAAGAAUGCAGCACAGAAAAUGGCUCAGCUGAUUUUAACAGCACGAAAACAACCCAGCAGAUCUUGGUUGGAGAGAAAGUAUUAAACAUUUAAACGAUUUAGAACACAAAAAGGGCUUAGGCGGAUCAAAAUAAAAGUGAAUAAUUAAUUCAGUGCUAACCUGCGAUCAUGUAGGGAGGGAGGGUAUAAUCGCAGGUUAAUUCACUGACCCAGAAGUAACUGUAAUGUUUAUAUUACUAGCGUCCUAACUGAAGAGAAGCCGGAGUUUCUUGUAUGUUAGUACGGUUAAACCUUACUUCAUCGGCCACGCUGAAACAGAAUUAACUGCAUCCCCGAGUGAGGAUCAGUCAUAGUUAAGUGUAUGGCGGUCCAGUACGAUCAGCGCCGUAGUAACCUUAUAACUUUCACAACAAUAACAUUACAUGUGAAGAAUUUUGUAGCAAUACAUACAACACAUGACGUACUUCAUUGAAUAUGCACCCUUCCCUUAAAAUAACGUACGAGAAGGCCACAAUUCGAAAUAGGUAAAAGUGAACGAAGAGAAGAGCCACUGGUUUUCUGGAGAUAAUAUAAUUGUGCCAAAUUAUGGCUCGUGAGGGCUUGAAAGGGGUCCAGGCUGUUUCCAGAGGACUUUCAACAUGAAUUGGAUUCCAUUCAGUGCUCUUACCAUUAUUAGUAUUUGCUUGGAGGGAAAAAUUCUUUUACGUUAAAAAUUUGAAUAUAACCAGAAUCCGUUCGAUUUAAAUUCCGAAAAUAAGCCCGGGGCUUAUAUUUUUGAGACCGAUCAUUUUUGGAGGGGGGUUUUAUUAGGAUGAGAAUAAGAGGGAAAUUUGUGUUAACUGUCUGGGCUGAUCAUUAGAGGGAAAUUUGUGUUAACUGUCUGAGCUGUUCAUUAGGGGGAAAUUUGUGUUGGUAAUUUUUCCAUGUGCGAACGGUAAUAUAAGGGGGAUAACUAGAAAUUUUAUAACAACGUUAUCCCUCUGAGCGUGCGAACUUCGAAGACAACAGCAUCCUAUUAGGCGCCGACCGGGAGGGGAUUUGGGUUCAGUUUGGGAAAAGUUCAUUACGUUGCAGAUACUUUGGCAAUUGUUCACCCCAGUGAUUCAAUGUGAGGAAUCGUUCUUUUAUGGAUAAGAACGUUUGAUCAUAAUGGUAUUUGGUCUAUGUUGUGUUUGACGGCAAUUCCCAAUCGUAAUUUUCGCAAGGCCUUAGUACAGAGGGGCUUAUUUUCGGAAUUUUCGUACAUAAUUUCUUGUACCCGGCCAGAAUUUUUCAGGCUUUACAUCGAACGUAGAACGAGAAUUUUAAGCACCGUAUCUUAAGCUUUAUUUUGUUUUCUAAUCGUAGGCUAGCGGUUGUAUCCUGCACAGAAGUUGUAAAUUUGCGAACUUUACUUCGUUCUUUUAAUUCGUAUAGAGCCACGUGGCCUAUUGAAUGCUAAGUUCUCAUUAUCAGUAUGUCAACAGAACUAGGAAAAGAAUAAGAGUAUUUUUUGUUCAUAUACAUUGCCAAUACAUUUCCGUACUUAAUCGUGAGUAACUUAUAGACCUUGAUCAGUCUGACAUCUGGGCCUGGUUGUUCGAAAGCCCAUUAACUUUAACCCAGGAUUAAACGUUAACUAAGGUAAUAUUUUUUUCUUGU